AUGGCUUGUUCUACUGAUAGCAUUGUUUUGAUUGAUGAUGAUACAGUGAAUUGGCUGAGACAUGUUGGAAGACAGCUAUCCAAAAACUUGACUUCUUCAGUUGAUAAGCUUCUUCAAUUACUUGAUAAAUUGGAGCUGGUAUUAUCAAACUUGGAUCAUGAUCCACCCAAGCGAAUUCAAGGAUCACUUGUACCUCCAAUGAAGACAUUGAUUUCUGAUCAACUUUUGAGACACGCAGACGAGGAUGUUAAGAUUUCUGUUACAGCUUGUCUCACUCAGAUUACAAGGAUUACAGCACCAGAUGCACCUUAUGACGAUGAACUGAUGAAGGAAUUUUUGAAGCUGGCCGUGUCAGCUUUUGAAAAAUUGUCACAUGUAUCUGGCCGCAGCUAUGAAAAAGCAAUUAGCAUACUUGAAAAUUUUUCAAAGAUCAAAAUGUUCUUGAUUAUGCUGGACCUUGAGUGUGAUGACCUGGUUAUGGAGAUGUUUCAACAGUUCCUGAGAAUUAUAAGGUCAAACCAUCCGAGUAAUGUAAUUGAAUCAAUGGAGAAUGUAAUGACCGGGAUACUUGACGAAAGCGAAGAUAUUUCCUUGGAUCUUCUUAGGCCUUUGUUAGAUAGUGUAAAAAAGGAGAACCAGACUAUUUCACCUAUUUGUUGGACCUUGGGGGAGAAAGUAAUUACAAAUUGUGCCUUCAAACUUAAACCUCAUCUCAUGCAAGCAGUUGUAUCCUCUGGAAGAACGCUCGAUAUGUAUCCGCAAAUAGUAACUUCUAUUUGCCAGAAUCAACCUGAAUCACAAGAACACAUUCAAUCAUUAGUUCAGGCAGUUGAAAACAAUCUUGUUGUACCUAAAGAUGCUCAUGAAGAACCCUGCGACGUGACAAAAGGGCUUGAAACAGUUAAUACUUGUGUGAGGGAUGUCCAAAUUGUAGAUGACACGGAGGCAAAUAUACGGAGUACUAGUGCUGCUUCUAUGGACGGAGAAGUUGCAGAAAGUUCUGGUUCAAAAAGGAAACUGCAUUCAUGUACUAAGAACUCCGAACAAACAAAUCCGAAAACAAGUACAAGCAAUUUAGAGUUAGUUCAGGAAAUGAACUCUGAAACUCAACUGGAUAUUGUUCCAAGAAAGAGAGCCCGUAAGCCAAAUUCUUUAAUGAAUCCAGAGGAAGGAUAUGAUCACUCUUGGAUUUGUAAGGAAUCAAGUAUCGUAAAAUCUUCUCAACCCAAAAGCGCUCGUGAUAAUGGCGAUGCUCUUGCACUUUGUAAAAACCCUACUUCUACAAAGGGUAAAACACUGUCAAAUCCCAAAACUGUCGACCAAACACUAUUUUCUGAGGUUAAGAAUGGGAAAGUAUCUAUAAAAACAUCGGAUAUAGGCAGUAGCUUUCUAUCUGGUGAAAAUCCUGCUUCUAUUGAGGGAACUGUAGUGUCAAAUCCAGAAGAUGUGAGCAAUGCUUGUGAAGCUUUAGUUUCUAAAUCUAAAAAAGAUGAGAAUACAAAUGUUGAUUCUCCUACAAAUCAUAACAUUCGUAAUGGAAGCUUCCUCAAAAGACGCAGGCCAAGGAAAAGUAUUAGCAUUAGGAAGUUAAAGGAUGAUAAUUUGAGUCCUUUACUUGAGAAGACUUCUUCAAAAUCCCCUGGUGUUAGAAUGGAAAAUAUAUCUAAAGUAAGGAAGAAGCCUGAAGUGAAACAUGAGGCACCUGUCAGAACGAUUAAAUUAUCUAUAAAGUUUGACGGGAAAGUUGUUGUGCCUCCUACAUCAAUAGUUGCUAGCACGAAAUCCGAGAAUUUUUGUGAAGACGAGGGAAAAUCCUCUUCUCAAAUAGAAGUUAACAAAAGGAGGAGACAAACCGCUACUUCUAAUAAAGGUUUCAACAAAUCGUCUGCUAUGAAGGGACAUGAACCGAUAAAACUUGGUAACUCCUUGGUUGGUAAAAGGAUCAAAAUCUGGUGGCCAUUGGACAAGAUAUAUUAUGAAGGUGUUGUCGAGGCCUAUGACCAUGUCAGAAGAAAGCACAAGAUUUUGUACGACGAUGGUGUUACGGAACAGUUAAAUCUCAAUAAAGAGCGUUGGGAGUUAGUUAAUGUUUCACUAGAAGAAGGACUUGGACUUAAAGAAGCUUGUAGAAGCAUCUGA